AUGAUACAGCUGUGGGGCUCCUGGGUGAUUCCACGCUUGGCCAAAUUACGCACUGCUGUGUUAGAAGAGCCCUGUCCGGGAGAAGCUAGAAUCAAGAUGACCUCAGCUGCCCCAACGUCUGAUUAUUCCCUGCCUUGGAAGAAUGUGACUACAAAGUCUCGAGAGCAAAUCCUUUAUCAGAGUUCUGGAGCAAUAGUAGCAGCUAUUGUUGUGGGUGUCGUAGUAAUAUUUACAACAGUUCUGCUCAUCCUUAAAAUGUAUAACAGGCACAUGAGGACCAAACGAGAGCUGGAGCCAAAGAACGCGAAGACCGCCAUUCCCUCAGUUUUAGGACAGGACAGUAGCACCUCUGCCAGGAACAGUGCAGUGACAUUUGCCCCUGACAUUCACCUGCCAAAGCGAAGACUUUGAAGAGGCAAAAAGUGGAGGAAUAACCAGCAAGAAGUGAAUUCUGCAGACGGUUGAGGAAUGGAGUGGCUCCUAUGGUCCAUGUUUUUUUCCUUCUAGGAGGCAAAAGAUGACCUCCAGGGGCAACAACUUGUAUAAACUUUCCAGCUACUUGUUGGAAGGGAUGGUGAGAAGCACAGCCACCAUAAUUCUCAGAACCAAUGAUUUCCUUCAUAUUUCCUCGCUCUGUUAAUUUAGGCUCCGCUCCCAUUGUCCUGUAAGUGAAAGUGACCUCCUGGAUGGAGGCUGUGAAAACAUCAGAGGGCUUACUCUUCAUCUUGGUUUUUAGCAGAUAAUAUAGGAUCAAUAUUCUUACCACCAGUUGCCAAACCUCUUCCUCCAUGGUCAACUUUCCAUUAGGAGUUCCUUGUUUGUUGGCAGGCCAGUAUUUUUCAACAUUGGCUCUU